CUGUAACAAAGACCAAAUAGAAGAAAGAAGGAUGACCUACUAUAGUAGAAGGAGAACUUAUCAUUGUUGUCAUUGCUACACCCCUCAACAACCUGACAAACUAUACAAAUUAAAAGAAAAACUUGCUUGUACUGCUUGUUACAAAACAUAUUAUGAAGCUCUUGACCCAGAAGACCCCAGAAGCUAG